CAGUAUUUGUUGUACUGAUUUCUUGUUGCUGAAUUGAUUUCCUCCAUAAUAUUUUGUCUUUAAAAUAUGCUUCUUUCUUGCACUUUGAUGGCUGAUUUUUGAGAAGAAAUAGGCAUAUUCUACAAUGAAACUUCUGACUCCAUCAAGCAUGACAUAACCACUAGGAAAAACUUCCUCCUGUUUGACGGUUGACCUUGACCAAUUGGAAGGUACAUGAAAGGAAGUGAGACAUUUGUUUGCUGGAAAUAUCAUCCAAUUCAAACAUACUGAGCUCUAACGUCAAUACGGAAUGUAUCAUUACUACUACAGUUUCUAUAUCUGAAUCGAGAUCUCUGCACAGUGAAUCCUUGCUCAAUGACUACUUAUUUAGUGACCAUUCACAGUUACAACAGUGACGAAAAAGUAAUUGUAUGGCCAAUGCUCACAUUUAUGAACUUUGCAGCUCAAAGAAAGCAGCUAAGAACUUCUUCCUGGUUCUUCAAUAGAACAAUUUAAAGAAGAUCCUUUCUGAGAGAUUUUUCUUUCCAUUUGAGAAUACUUCUGGCUGGAAUAAGAAAAGAUGGCAGGUGUAAGCUCAUGUAUGAAAUACUCCAUGUUUGUCUUCAACUUUUUUUUUUGGAUAAUUGGAUGUAUUAUUCUGGGAGUCUCUAUAUGGAUACGUGUCAGCAAAGAUACUCAAGAGGAAUUCAAAACAGACUCAAGCAUGGUUUCUGCUGUUAAUCUCCUCAUUGCUGUGGGCUCAGUCAUUAUGGUCCUUGGGUUUCUAGGUUGCUGUGGUGCCAUGAAGGAGAGUCAGUGCAUGCUCCUCCUGUUUUUCAUUGGACUACUGAUGAUUCUGCUUCUUCAAAUUAUAGCAGGCAUUUUGGGAGCAGUAUAUAAAUCUCAGUUUGAAGGCGUCCUAAACCAGACCCUCGAGAAAGAAAUUGAUGCAUUGAAACUUGCUACAACUAAGGAGAAGGAUAUUCUGGAAGGUUUCCACAAACUUGAGAUAAAGUACAAAUGUUGUGGCAUGCUUAAGGGACAAUCAGAUUGGGGACAAAACCUUAUUCCUUACCAUGGAUGUGAAUGUAAUCAGACAGACAUAGGUACAAGUUAUUGUGUUGGAAAACAGUAUGCAAAGACUUGUGCAACUGUAGUUAUGGAAAUAUUCAAGAAAAAUAUGGUUAUAGUUAUGGGGAUAGCAUUUGGACUGGCAUUUAUUGAGAUUGUUGGCAUGGUGUUUUCAAUGACCCUUUACUGCCAGAUCCAGAACAAAUGAAAACAAGGAAAUCAUCAGCCAAAUGAGAAAGCUUUGUAGAUCGAGGAAUUGGAUCUGUAGUUGGAUUAAAAAAAAAAAAAAGCACCACAAACAAUUUGUAUUUGGGAUGUUGGUAAUUUGUAACCUAUCUGACUACUCAAAAAAAAAAAAAAAAAGAUCACUGCUCUAUAUUGUGCUGACCCAAUACAUUGUUUUCCACUCAUCUGUUUUCUGAAUUAAAGUUGAUGCGUACUUAACCAAUUUCAACUAAAAGUUAUUUGCUUUAUAUAUGUCCACACCCACACAUAAACAUACCUCCCCCAAAAAAUUCUUGCUUCCCAACUGUGCAUGCAGAGACUCAUAGAAUAUUUUUCCCCUUAAAAAUGCUGAAAUGCUGUGAAAUGAAACCUUUGAACAAAUUGAUCUAAUAGUUUGUCCAAUCAGUCCAAUGGACUUAGAUUAUCUACAUGAGUACAGAUUGGCUUGAAAGAGGCAAGUAAAUUUUUAACAAUAAGAUCUGAAAAGCUGGAGCGGGCAGUCUCUAAAUGUUGGAUUUUAUGGUUGUUUUUCCAUACCACAUAGUCUCCAUAGCUGUUAGAAUUAAAUGUUACUUUUUCUGAAGAGAAACUAAGACUUUAUUUGUGGCACUAUUUCAUAAUUUAGGAGUAGUUAUUUAACAAGCAUAGCUUACUGAACCGUGUAUACUUAUUUAUUUUAUUUAUUGAUAAAAUUUAUUGGCCACCCAUCUUACCACA